UGACACCCAGGAUAACAGGGAAAAAAGACACCAGGACCUCCAUUGGAUGAGAAUUGCACUGACUGAACUGGAAUCAGAAGGAGGCUGGCAAGAAACAAGGAGGACCAGAGGGAAAGAGCAAGGACAACCUACAGAAGCCUCUCCUUUGAGACCGUGUAUGAAACAGUGAAUAAAGCCCUCGCCCACCUGUGUACUUCACUCCAGCAGAUGCUUAGCAAGGUGGAUCUUGAACGCACCUUCACGUUUCGAAAUUCAAAGCAGACCUACUCAGGGAUUCCCAUCAUCGUGGCCAACAUGGACACUGUGGGCACGUUUGAGAUGGCAGCUGUGAUGUCACAGCACUCCCUGUUUACAGCAAUUCAUAAGCACUACUCCCUGGAUGACUGGAAGCUCUUUGCGGCAAAUCACCCAGAAUGCCUGCAGCACGUAGCCGUGAGUUCGGGCAGUGGGCAGAACGAUCUGGAAAAGAUGAGCAGCAUCCUGGACGCGGUGCCACAGGUUAAGUUUAUUUGCCUGGAUGUGGCCAAUGGGUAUUCAGAACAUUUUGUGGAAUUCGUGAAACUCGUCCGUGCCAAAUUUCCCGAACACACCAUUAUGGCAGGGAACGUGGUGACAGGAGAAAUGGUAGAAGAGCUUAUCCUUUCCGGAGCAGACAUCAUCAAAGUGGGAGUUGGACCAGGUUCUGUGUGCACCACCCGCACCAAGACGGGAGUGGGCUACCCCCAGCUGAGUGCAGUCAUCGAGUGCGCAGACUCUGCCCACGGCCUGAAGGGCCACAUCAUCUCUGAUGGAGGCUGCACAUGUCCAGGGGAUGUCGCCAAAGCCUUUGGAGCUGGAGCCGAUUUUGUCAUGCUGGGAGGGAUGUUUUCAGGUCACACAGAGUGUGCUGGAGAAGUGAUUGAGAGGAAUGGACAGAAGCUCAAGCUCUUCUACGGGAUGAGCUCAGAGACGGCCAUGAAGAAGCACGCAGGAGGAGUUGCUGAGUACAGAGCCUCCGAGGGGAAGACUGUGGAAGUGCCUUACAAAGGAGAUGUGGAAAACACUAUCCUGGAUAUUCUUGGGGGACUGAGGUCCACUUGCACCUACGUGGGGGCCGCCAAACUCAAGGAGCUCAGCAGGAGGGCCACGUUCAUCCGGGUGACCCAGCAGCACAACACCGUGUUCAGCUAACCCCGGGAGUGAAGCGGCGUCCUGCCCGAGCGGAAGCUUCCAAACCUGCUCUUCCCAUCUCCCUCCUAGUCUGCUCGGGCUGAGCUUCUGACUGCUGCUGAAUGGUGGAAUGCUGUGUGCUGUCUCCACCCUCCUGCCGCCUGGAGCUUCAGUGCCCUCUCGUGUGUCUUCUCGGGGACCCAGACGCAAGGCACUGGUUGGGGCAACGUCAGAGCCCUGCUGCCCAGAACUCAUAACCUCAUUGUUCAAACCGACACUUGCACCUUUCUCUCUUUUUUAAAAGAAGAUGGUUUCACUUUAAUAUAAUGCUAUUAUCUUAAGA